CAAAAUUCGACUCAAUUUGACUCGUACAACUGGGACUCUACUCAUCGAUAAAUAGACUGCCCAGAGAUCGGGUUCGAUAAUCAUUCUUCGCGCAUCAAAGAAGAGUUCUCUCUUCAAGCGCUUUCUAUCCAAGAUGGCCACCGAUACGCAAACUAUCGAGUUGGUUCAAACAGGGAAGCGCGAUUAUCUAAUAGGACUUGAGAAAAAAUAUCAAGCACGAUGGGCGCAAGAGAAAGUCUUCGAGGUCAACGCUCCCCCGGCUGCGGACUUACAAGGUCUUACACCAGACCAAAUUCGCGAGAAAUACCCCAAGUGGUUCGGCACUUUCCCUUAUCCAUACACGAAUGGAAGCUUGCAUCUGGGACACGCAUUCACCAUUAGCAAGAUCGAGUUCGCAGCGGGGUACCAGCGUAUGCUAGGAAAACGAGUUUUGUUCCCUCAUGGAUUUCACGUAACCGGUCUUCCAAUCAAGGCGUCUGCGGACAAAUUAGUGCGGGAAAUGGAGAUGUUUGGCAGGGAUUUCGAAAACUUCGAGGAGGUUCAGCAGAAGUUGGCUGAAGAAGCUGAGGAUGCACCCAAGGAGGAAAAGCCAGUUGUUGCGAAGGAGGGAGCCGUCGACAAUUUCAAGGGAAAGAAGGGAAAGCUCCAGGCCAAGUCAACGGGACACGUUUACCAGUUCCAAAUCCUGCAGUCCAUUGGUAUUCCGACGGCUGACAUCAAGUCGUUCGCCGACCCUCAGCACUGGCUGGAGUUCUUCCCCCCUAUCGCGAUGGAGGACAAUAACGCAUUUGGCUCGCGUGUCGACUGGCGGAGGCGGUUUUUGACAACGCCUGCGAAUCCGUACUACGACGGUUUCGUUCGAUGGCAGGUGAACAAAUUACAUGCCAUGGGCAAGAUCAAGUUCGGAGAGCGAUACACCAUCUAUAGUCCCAAGGAUGGCCAACCAUGCAUGGAUCACGAUCGGUCAGAUGGUGAGGGUGUCGGCCCGCAAGAGUACACGGCAGUCAAAAUGGAGGUGGUGGACUGGAGUCCAGCAGCCAAGGAUGCUAUCGAGGGGAAAGUUGGUGGGCGCAAAGUGUUUUUGGUCGCUGCGACCUUGCGACCGGAAACGAUGUACGGCCAGACCAACUGCUUCGUCGGUCCUACGAUCAAAUACGGCGUGUUCGCGGUCAACGACAACGAAGCUUUUGUGUGCACUUACCGAGCCGCACGGAACAUGACGUUCCAGGGUAUUACGAAGACACGCGGCGAGAUCGAUCAGUUGCAGGAGCUUGAAGGCUCGGCAAUUGUGGGGACGCGCAUCAAGGCACCAUUUGCUAUCAACCCGGAGGUGUACGUCUUGCCGAUGGAGAGUGUACUACCUACAAAAGGAACUGGCGUCGUAACGUCUGUUCCAUCGGACUCUCCUGACGACUGUGCGACACUCAACGAUCUAGUGAAAAAGGCUGCAUUCUACGGGAUCAAGCCUGAGUGGGCUGCGAUCUCACCUGUACCUGUCAUCUCGACUGCUGGCUACGGCGACAUGAUUGCACCAUCUUUGUUGAAGAGCAUGAAGAUCAACUCGCCGAAGGACGCCAAGCAGCUGGCUGAAGCGAAGGACAUUGCGUACAAGGAGGGCUUCUACAACGGGACCAUGCUGGUGGGCGAGUUCAAGGGCAUGCGUGUUGAGGAAGCGAAGCCACGGGUCAGGCAGCGGAUGAUCGACGCCGGACUGGCCAUGGCUUACGCAGAGCCAGAAGGCCUUGUAAUCAGCCGAAGCACAGACGAGUGUGUCGUCGCGUUGAUGGACCAGUGGUACAUGGACUACGGCGAGGAGAAAUGGCGUGCCGCGACAGAGAGAGCUCUAUCGAAGAUGCAUUUCUACUCUGCUGAGACACAACAUUCUUUCGAAGCGACUUUGGGCUGGUUGAAUCAAUGGGCUUGCGCUCGAACAUACGGUCUAGGAUCUGUUUUGCCAUGGGACCCCCAGUUCUUGGUCGAGUCACUGACAGACUCAACAAUCUACAUGAGCUAUUAUACUGUCGCCCAAUUGUUACAUGAGAAUAGCAUCGAUGGCUCCGUCCCGGGGCCGUUGGGGAUCACUGCAGAGCAAAUGACCGACGAAAUGUGGGAAUAUGUCCUAUGUGAUGGACCAUAUCCGCCAUCGACAUCCGUGCUGAAAGAAAAGGCAGACGCGCUGAAGCAUGAGUUCAACUACUUCUAUCCGCUGGACAUUCGUUCUUCCGCGAAGGACUUGGUGCCGAAUCACUUGACCUUCUGCUUGUAUAAUCACGUCGCCAUCUUCCCCGAGGACAAAUGGCCGCGGAGCUUCCGAACGAACGGACAUUUGUUGUUGAACGGGAAAAAGAUGUCCAAGGGCGCAGGCAACUUCUUGACCCUGCGAGAGGGCAUUAAAAAGUUUGGUGCGGACGCGACGCGUUUGUCUCUGGCUGAUGCUGGAGAUGGUGUCGAGGACGCUAAUUUUGACGAGAAGACGGCGAAUGCGAACAUCUUGCGAGUGCACACCCUCGUGAGCUGGUGCGAGGAGAUGAUCAAGGAUCAAGCGACUCUCCGCACUGGAAAGAAGGGCUCCUAUCACGAUGUCGUUUUCGAGCAGGAGACCAAUGAGCUUAUCAACAUCACUCAGUCUCACUACGAAGAAAUGAACUACAAGGAUGCGCUCAAGUUCGGCUUCUAUGAGCUGCAGUCUGCUCGAGACUGGUAUCGAGAGGUCACGGCCGACAUCGGCAUGCAUGCCGAGUUGGUUAAGAAUUGGAUUCAAGUAGCUGCGUUGCUGAUCACACCGAUCGCUCCCCAUUUAGCAGAGCAUCUCCAUUCGACCCUUCUCCAAUCGCCGACUUCAGUGCAGCUUGCUCUGUGGCCAACACCUUCCGAGACCGUUGACCGGACUGUCAUCGAAACUGGCCUUUAUAUGCGUGGUCUCACCAAGACUAUCCGCGAUGCAGAACUCACUCUCGUCCGGUUGAUGACCAAGGGUAGGAGCAAAGGCAAGACCGCCGACAAGGGACCCGCAUUUGACCCGAAGAAGCCAAAGAGUGUUAGGAUAUAUGUGGCCAGCUCUUUCCCCGACUGGCAAAACACUUGCGUCGCCAUCGCCAAAGAGGCAUUCGAUGCGGACACCCAGUCAUUUGACGAUGCCAAGAUUCGCGCCCUCUUGACAGAGCGUGGCUUGCUCAAAGACAAACGGGUUAUGCCGUUUGUUCACGAAUUCAAGAAGCGGGUCGCCGCUGUCGGUGAAAAAGCCUUCGAGCGCGAGUUGGCGUUUUCUGAGAGCCAGGUCUUGUCCGAGAUUAUUCCAUACUUGAAAAAGUCUCUGACUUUGGUGGAUGUGGAUGUCUACUCGGUUCAAGAGGCGCUGAAACAGUCAGCACCCGGCUUCACCCCAACUAUUAUCGAGUCUGCAGUGCCAGGAACACCUGCGUUCGAGUAUCGUAAUGUCGAAAGAAUGUAAUACAUAGACCUCGUUAAUGAUCCCCCAUCCGUAAAGAACAAGGGGGGAGCGUGAGAUAUUGC